CAUCGCAUGCUAAGUAUUCACCCCCCUCACCCUCAAAACUUCUAAAUCUCUUCACCUUGAAAGAUUCUCCGAUGGAAGAGCAGUCCGUCGUCGCCGCCGCCGAAUCGGAGGAAAUCAUCUCCGACUCGUUUACUUGUUGCGUUUGUUUGUAAUUUCUCAAUCUUUUAUCACCAAAUAAAUAUAUAAAUGUUUGUUAGCAUCGCUAUAACUAAAAUUGCUCUCUCCGAUCGCCAAUUCAAUGUCUUAUACUUAUAGUCCCGCCGUUGUUGCAAGAUAAUGGAUACUAAACAGUUUUUUAUUUGCUGAUACUUUUAGUAAUACCAUUGGAAGUAAUUCAUAAUCUCUUUGUUUAUGAUUCUGUUCAGUUUUUUGGAGUAGAAAGUAUACUUUUUUUUUUCUUUGUACUAUGAGCAUUCAGACCUUUGCCCCCGCUAGUCCCACCGUGAAUUUUUCUGUACUGAUGUUGUUAAAAUCCCCAUGUUGUUGCUGUUGUGUAUUCCAGAGGAAGAAAAGAAAAUAGACAUCUUCUCACCACAAUUUGAUGGUCUUGGAUGUGAAUCACAUGUGGAAAGAGAAUUUUAUCAGCUGGGAGGUCCUACAAACUCCUCGACUAUAGAUUUUGAGUCCAACUCAUGUGUGGAUAAAGGGUCCAACAGUGAUGGAAUUUCUAUAAAUGUCAGACAGACAGAAUCUCACAGUGAUGCUGCAAUUGUUAGGAAAGAAACCUCCUAUAGAAAUUCUAACGGGACAAAAUCUCUUGCUUGUGAAGAAAAAGAGGAGGUUUUGGUUGCUGAUUUGCUGUGUGCUGCAUGCAAGCAACUGCUCUACUGCCCUGUUGUUCUUAAUUGUGGCCAUGUUUAUUGUGAAGCCUGUAUUAUCAACCCUGCUGUGGAGACGCUUAAGUGCCAAGCUUGUCAAAGUUCACAUCCAAGGGGUACUCCAAAAGUAUGUUUGAAGCUUGAUCACUUUUUAAAGGAAAAGUUUCCAAAAGAAUAUGAGUUGAGAAGAGAUGUUGUUCAGCAGAAGCAAGUUCUUUUAAAGAAUGAGAGCACAACCACCUGUUCCCCAGAAGCUAGUAACCAAGAUAUAUUCUCCUCCUCUAUGCCCUCUGGUGAUCUCCCUUUCACUAACAUUCAUGCUGGAGUUGGUUGUGAUUCUUGUGGGAUGUGUCCAAUAGUUGGAGAUAGAUUCAGAUGCAUAGACUGUGUGGAGAGGAUAGGCUUUGACCUCUGCGGAGAUUGCCAUAAAAGUGGACCUAAGCUUCCUGGCCGGUUCAACCAGCAACAUACCCCAGAACACAGAUUUGAGCUUGUGAAGCGUGACAUUUUCUCUCCCCGCAAUGUGAGGAUCAGACUGGUAACCAGGGGGCGACAGGAUGAUCUUGUCAUCCCUGAGGCUGAUUUAGUUGGUUUAGAAGAUGGAGUUUGGAUUUUCACUUCAAACGGUGAUUCUGAGGGCAACACCAGCAGUGAUGUAGCUGCUUCUGUUACUCAACUGGAUGAUGAUACUGAGGAUCAAAACGAUACUCAGGCAACUAAUUGAAUGUAGAAGUCCUCCAAACCCCAUUUGCCAGUCCCUGAGGCAUAGAGAAAUGGGCUGUGUUACGAAAGGUACUGUUCUCACUCCAAUCUGCAGCAUGGAUCCUUCCUUUACACCAAUGAAGGUGUUUAUGAUCGUUGUAGUUUUUGCAUGAAUCUUUGCCCUUGAGGUAUGAUAGUCGAGCACCCCAGGCAUUUCGGAACUUGUCUUCAUAGGCUAACCAUGUCAGGCGACAAACUCUUAGGAGCCUGGGACCAUCAUAUAUCAGCCUUCGUGUUGUUCAAUGCAAAAUUUACAGCUUUUCCUGAGUACUAAAUGUUGUUGAUUGAUUUGUAAGUGAUAACCUGGUAUUCCGUGCCAUUUUGAUUUGAACUUGUGAUCUAGACAAUAGUACAAAACUUUCAGUCUGCCUUGUAUUUUUUUUU